CAAGAUACAACCUGGUCAUUGCCUGUAUCGAGUCCUCGCAGUCUGGAAUGCGUCUACAGAUUCUGAAAAAUAUAGCACGUUUAGCCCCGUGAGAAAAAUUACUACAGUCGAUGAUUCGUAUUAUAAAAAAACAACUCAAAUCAUACAACCGUUCUGGUGUCAAUAAUUUUUGAAAGUGUGUUAUUCGAUCGGCGUGCGUUUUAGUUGGUUGCAUUUGGAAUAUCAACAAUAUAUUUUGUUUAAAAUUGUUACAAACUGUUGAACACUGUAGUAGAGAUGUAGAUGAAAUUUUGUUGCCGUUUAUUUUGGAAAUGCGUCUAUUCGGCAAGGUAACCCGUUGAAACCGCAAAAAAAAAAUGUCGAGAAAAAUGCUCGUGUAAUGUUCGGCCAAACGACGACUUUCGUUAGUAUAUAAAUUAUUUUUCGAAAACAACGCGAAAUGGUAUUAUUGUUUUACCCCGAGUCGGCAACAAAACGUGAACAAAAUGCGUCCGAUGUUUAUUUUAUGGGCUCUUGACAAGUCGUCAUAAGAGCUAACUGCAAUGAGAUUGUGGACUUGGAAAUCAAUUUCUUUGGUUUUGUUCGCGGUAAUCAUUCCGGCCAGCAACAUCCAGUGGCUGGGUAUGCGUAGGGCGAAUAGAAUGAACUGGGAUAACGCAAGCGUUUGUCGAACUUUACGUAGGAACUACGGUCUGGAUUCACGUCAAACUCGCAUUUGCAAAACAUGGCGCCCUGUCAUGCAACACAUAUCCCAAGCAGCAACAUUGACGGUUGUCGUUUGUCAGGCAGUAUUACAGAACAGACGAUGGAACUGUUCAUCCGUACGAGCUGCACCAAGAUUAACACCAGAGCUAGUUAAAGGUACUAAGGAACAGUCAUUUGUGUACGCAUUGAGUGCGGCAGCAAUGACUUACACAAUAACUAGAGAUUGUGCAAUGGGUAAAAUAUCAAAUUGUGGGUGCGGUACGCAUCCGGAAGCCACUGAUGGAACAUUUAAGUGGAGGGGUUGUGAUGAUAAUAUUCGGUGGGGUUUGAAAUUUGCCAGACAAUUCACUAAAAGCGACGAUAUGUUCAUUAAGAAGUCAAACAACACUUAUAGUGAUACUGAUUUAUCAUUAAACGCCAACGACGAUAUGGUUCUACGCGAGCAAAAAGCUUUAAAUAUAAUCAACGAACAUAAUUAUAAAAUAGGCAGAAAAAUGGUUAUGUCAAGUGUGACGACCCAUUGUAAGUGUCACGGAAUGUCAGGGUCGUGUAAUGUGAAGACAUGUUGGAGAGGUUUGCCAAACAAGUUCAUCGAAGUGGGUCUCAAGUUACUGAAACAUUACAACAAGAUGACAGUUCAAGUCAGCAUGGCUCAAGUCACUCGAUUAGGUUUGCCAGAAAAUGUGGACAAUUCAUUAGUGUAUGUCUCAGAUUCUUCAGAUUAUUGUGAUUAUGAUUUAAAAAGAGGAAGUUUUGGAACAUUUGGCAGAAAAUGUAACGCAACAGCAAUUGGCUAUGAAAAUUGUUUUUCAAUGUGCUGUGGUCGUGGAUAUACAACACAAAUUAUUGAACACACAGAACGAUGCCAAUGCAAAUACCACUGGUGUUGUUAUGUUAAAUGUCAAAGUUGUAAGAAUCUGGUCAAUCAUCACAUUUGUAACUGAUAAAUUCUGAAAUAUUGUGAGCUAUAUAUGUAUUUAUAUGUAUAUAACAUAUUGGA